AUGUUUCGCAACACCGCCAGCUGGCAGCUGGUGCGCUGGCCGGCCGACGGCCGCUGCUACCCGAUCUUCCAGCGCGGCCCGUGCGACGCCACGCAGGAGCUGGUGUGGGACGCCCGCCGUCAGAUGGCGCGCAGCUACUGGCCGCACACAGACUCCUGCUACCAGGAGUACACGCGCGGCCCCUGCCCGCACGGGCUCGUCUUCGUCUACAACAGCACGCGCGGCGUCGUCGAAUGCGCCUGCCACGCGCGCAUGCUGGAGAACUACGACGCGCGCACGGGCCAGUGCUUUCCGCAGGGCGGGCGCGGCCCGUGCCCACCCGGCAACACGUUCGCCUUCAACAACGCGACGCGCCGCACAGAGUGCCGCUGCCCGGCCGGCAGCCUGGUGCGGCCCGAGACGGGCGCCUGCCACCGCGCCUUCACGCAGGGCCCGUGCCCGCGCGGCCGCUUCGCCUCGCCGCGGCCCGGAGCGCCACACCAGGCCGUCUGCGUGGCCAACCCGUGCCAGCGCGGCGAGCUGUACUUCCCCGACGACGGCUUCUGCCACCGGAUCGGGCGGCGCGGCCCGUGCCCGGCCGGCCAGCUGGUGCAGUACGAGGCGUUCCGCGGCGUCAGCUACCGUGGCGCGUGCGGCUGCACCGAGCACUUCACACAGAACUACUGGCCGGCCGACGGCCGCUGUUACGAACAGCACACGCGCGGCCCGUGCCCGGCGCGGCUCACGUUCGUCUACAACGCGACGAGCGGCCGGACCGAGUGUCAGUGCGCAGCGCGGCGCGGGCGCAAGCUGUACGAGGCCGCCGUGCUCGAGCGGCUCGAGCUGAUGCGCAUCACGCGGUGA